AUGGUCAAAGUUUCGUUUGAUUUUGCCGAUCGGAAAUCAGGAAAUGAUCAAAAUUCUUUGGAUGUGGAUUUCUACACAAUUGAAGGAACUUUCAAACAAGUUGUGAUUGAAGAUCCAAAUGAGUUUCCAAGUGAGUGAAUUUUGGGGUUUUCGGGGAAUACCUUCCGAUAUUAGAUAUUGCUAAAAAGUGUUUCCAUGGACUCUGAUUAUGAGGAAAAACCUUUUGGAAACAGGCCGUGAGACGAAAAAUAGCAAACAUGCUCCACCGGACAAACUCUUUUUUAACAUAUUUAAAAAAACAGGAUGAAUUUUGAAUGAUGAAUAUUGAUCUUUUUCACUAUGAAGAAUGAUCUGUAGACCAAAUCCCUCAAUGAAAGGUUACAAACUUGAUCGGAGGAUGUUUUUUUUUCGGUAUAACACGUUUGCAAUUUCUAGUCUUCUAAGCUUUUUCCUAGUAUCUCUAAUUUUCACAAGUUUUUUUCUUAGAAUCAGAGUGUAAAAAUAACAUGAACAUUUUCAGUUCUGUUCACCACCCAAGAAAUAGACAAUCAUAUCUAUCAAAUCUGCUGUUUCCUUCUCACAGUUUGGACCGUUCUUGUUGUGAUUGAAGUUUGUUCUAUUUUGACCUAA